ACGCCCGAAAACGCGGCGUGACACAUGUGCAGGUGUUUGUGCCUUUGAUUGAGUGCGUUAGCGCGAACGAUCGGCGAGUCUUCAGCGUGGCGGUCGCGAGAGACAUCUACGCCGUACAAAAGACUUGGGCGAAGCGACGAACCUGACUGUUGGCUGGAAUUUGCCGAUCGCCGCGCACAAGUGACUACCACCGCCACCACCGCUGCGUGGCCACCGUGGAAGGUGCGUGAAGACGGGCCGUGAGCGAUAACCGGACGCGGGAUCGACAGUCGCUCACCGCAAGUGCCACCGUUAGCAUCUCGUGCCGCGUGCGUUUCAGUGAUCCCGCGUGAAGUGCGUGCAGUGUUUCCACAGUGCUAUUACCUGACCGCAAACCGGAGAAAAAAGGAAAACACAAAAAAUCAAGCCAUGCACGAUAAGCUGCUGGUGCUGGUGGUUGGCGUGCUGUGUGCCUCGUUAGCCAGCCUCCAGGUGGCGAGGACCGACUUCAGUGAUUAUGAAAUCGAUUACGACGAGGAAGGCUUUUGGAUUGGCCACGGGCUCGGAAGCCGCAAAGAGGGAGACGAAGUCCUGAAGGUGCUGCACAAAUCGGUCGGCCCGUUCGUGGAGCCCCAAAACGUCACCGUGGUGGAGAAGUUCAGCGCGGCCGAUGGUGAAAGUAUUACGUUUACACAAUUCAACUCUUCUAAGGUGCUCACGUACUUCCACGAGGUGGUGCUGGAUUUUAGUCCCAAAAGUUUCUACAUCCGGCUGAAGCUGUUCAACAUCACCAACCUCCGGCUGCAGCGGACCGUGUACGGAUUCCGGUCGAACGCAAACGCCAUCAAGCCGGAUGGAAGGUAGAGGCGCGCCCCAGUAUCAACCAUAGGCGGUGACCCACCAGAUAGUAGAGUUGCUAGGCGUUAAGUCACACUCGGUACACUGUAAGGACUAAGCCAUUAGCCAGCUAAGGAAUGAAGCCAAAAAUGUCUUACAUCACUCUCCGCCCGCCCGACGCUUGAUCGGGACUAUAUGGAAGGCGUGGUGCACAAAUCCGUCUGCGCUUGCGAAAGCGGACACAAGUUUCGAAAACGGUGUUCGAUUUCGUAACGGCGGUAGGUAGGUCCCCCCAAAUUGAUUGUUGACCAUUUGUCAACGACGCGUGACGAUACGCUAACGACGAAUGAUUGGCAAAGGGGCAAAUAUUGUUUGAGAAGCGCGAGCAGGACGCGAUCGCUAUCGCGUGAAUCGCGGGGAAGGAUUUGAGGCAACAGCGCAGACAACGGUCAGAAGGAAAAAUUAACACCCACCCAUAGACACUGUCGGUAGAGAUGGAAGAAGAAAUAGUACAGUAACAGUUGCAGUUACAUUAAUUUAUAUCGCUUUCUGUUUUUGUGUGUGCCGUUGCAAUGG